CUUCUCCCUCACGGGAAUUUAUGCUUUUAUUUUGUUUCCCUUUCAUGUCUGGGUCAACAAGACAACUUAUUUGUACGCAGCAGAGUGAUAAAAACCACAUUUUUAGCAGCAUUUUUCUGGAUAAUUUCAGAAUAUUCCUUUUCAUUACAAAAAAAACUGUUCUCAUGUCCUGCAUUUGUAAUCCUUCGCCUUGCAGAACGAAUCCGCUGGACUGGUGCCUUCCUAUUGAGACGCAAGAAGCAUAGACACAAGCCUGCAUCUGAGCGCCACAACACCAGCUGCUAUCAUUAAAAAACAACACGGACACACUUUUGAAUCCGGUGGGUUACAAAUCGUGGAGGAUUUUUCCGAGAAGUUGCAUGUGUAGGAGUACACUCGACCGGGACAGAAGGAAUGGGACACCCGGGCAGAGGAUGGACGCUCCUGGUUUGGGUCGCCGCUGUCAGCCUGGUGCUCGCAGACGGACGGAGAGUGAGGCAGCCCAGAUGCCCCGCUGGAUGUACCUGCACCAAGGACAAUGCCCUGUGUGAGAAUGUCCGAUCCGUGCCUCACACUUUCCCAGCGGACGUCGUGUCACUAUCUUUUGUCAAGUCUGGUUUUAAUGAAAUAGUAGGAGGAAGCUUUGUUCACACCCCUGCCCUGCAACUACUACUGUUCACAGCAAAUACAUUCGACCUAAUAGAUGAGGAUGCAUUCCUGGGUUUACCACAUUUGGAAUAUCUAUUUAUCGAAAACAACAAAAUCACAUCAAUAUCCCCAUUUGCUUUCCGGGGCCUGAAAACGCUGAUACAUCUGAGUCUGGCUUACAACAACCUUGAGACGCUGCCCAAGGAUGUCUUCAAGGGGAUGGAUGCUCUCACCAAAGUGGAUCUACGUGGCAACAGCUUGAUAUGUGACUGCAAGCUCAAGUGGUUGGUGGAGUGGAUGCACCACACUAAUGCCACCCUGGACCAGAUCUACUGCAGCGGUCCCCCCAUUUACCAGGGGAAGAAGCUCAAUGACCUGCUGCCACACUCUUUUGACUGCAUCACAGCAGAGUUUGCCUCUUAUCAGUCCCUGAAGUUUGAGUCCAUUUCAGUGGGGGCCUUCACCUUUGGGGAUGACCAGUAUGUUGUGUUUGCCCAACCAUUUGCUGGAACGUGCAGCUUCCUGGAAUGGGAUCACGUCGAAAUGACCUUCAGGACUUACGACACCAUUGAAAGCACCUCCACUGUGGUCUGCAAGCCCAUGGUGAUUGACAACCACCUCUUUGUCAUCGUGGCCCAGCUGUUUGGGGGCUCACACAUUUAUAAACGUGACACUUCGGCCAACAAGUUCAUCAAGAUCCAGGACAUCGACAUCCUGAAGAUUCGAAAACCUAACGACAUCGAGACGUUCUUGAUCGACGGAGAGUCUUUCUUCGUCAUCGCUGACAGCUCUAAGGCCGGCUCCACAACAGUAUACAAAUGGAACGGCAAUGGCUUCUACUCCCACCAGUCACUCCACCCCUGGUUUCGGGACACAGACGUUGAAUAUUUGGAGAUAUCCAACAAACCCCACCUGAUCUUGUCCAGUAGCUCCCAGAGGCCUGUUGUCUACCAGUGGAACAGGAGUCAGAAAGAGUUUGACCGCAGGACUGACAUACCGGAGAUGGAGGACGUCUUCUCUGUCAAACACUUCCGGGUCAAAGGUGAGCUGUUUAUAUGCUUGACAAGAUUCAUCGGGGACUCCAAGGUGAUGCGCUGGGACGGUGCCAUGUUCAAAGAGGUCCAGACAUUUCCUUCCCGCGGCUCCAUGGUGUUCCAGCCUGUCUCCAUCGGCAACUGGCAGUACGCCAUCUUGGGCAGCGAUUAUUCACUGACGCAGGUCUACCAAUGGGACACAGAGAGGGGCCACUUUGUCCCAUCUCAGGAGCUGAAUAUCCAGGCGCCUCGAGCAUUUUCUUUGGUCACCAUUGACGACCGGGUGUUCCUGCUCGCAUCCAGCUUCAAAGGAAAAACUCAGAUUUACGAGCACCUCAUGAUCGAUUUGAGUAAUUAAACCAUUGUCAGUUUGGAACAAAUUAUGUACAAUACCAUUCAAAUACUUUCUUCUGUGAUUGUGUUGUCAGUCCCAUUACAAUCCAUCAGCAAUUCCCACCUACAUUUAAACAAAAGGAUGUCUCAAGCAGAAAUUGAAACGAUCAAAAGAGAUAUUUCAAUGCAGUCCAGGACCGUUAAUGAAGGAGUGGUUGAAACUCUUACAUUUCUUAUUAUCAUUAAGUUUAUUUUAAGACACAAUUUCCAUUACAAAAUAUUCUCCACAUGCCUGUUUGGCAACCUGCUGCAACCACUUUAUUUUGAUAACCUUCUUGUAUUUUUAUCUUGAUUCGUCACUAUUUUAAAAUGCCUUAUUCUCCAUUACAAAAAUUCGACUCAGAGUGCGAACUGACUAUCUUUCAGGAAAAACAAGCUGUAAAUCACUUUUAUUUGUUUUUUCUCAACCCUGCAGGUAUACUACUACAGUUAUUAGACAUACAGUUUAUGUUUUUACAAUUAAACUCCAUAAAGUUUUAUUUCUAUUGUAGGAAUUUGAUAGGAAAGAUUUAGGAGUUUGGUAGUGCUAAAGGUCACGCAAUAAUAUGAAAAUAGGGAAAAAUUCUUGAGGCAGAGAGUCAGUAAAAUCUGGGCUGGGUUGUUAAAUAUCUUGUACAUUUUUUGGAUUGUCCAUUUUCAACAAGUCAAAUUCUAACCCAAGUUUGAUGAUAGCAUAACAGUAGCACCACCGUAGUUAGCAAAGUCAGGGCUAGUUUGUUAUGGUAAGGCCUUGAUCACACCGAUACAUGUCGCUAAAGGUGCAGCCUGUAGCCAAAUGCAUCGGGCAAAACAGUGUGGUGCACCUGUGGAGCUCUCUCACAGUCAACAGCUACAGCAACAAGCUAGCUAGCCUAUUUACCAGCACAUACUCACCCUUAUAUGCAUCUCCAUGCAUGCUUUCGCUAGUUAGUAUUUGAAUAGUGGGGUGACCUUGAAUUAUAUAAUUCAUCGUUGCUAAAAGGGGCUACACGGUGGUGUACUGGUUAGCACUCACAGCAAGAGGAUUGCCGGUUCGCCUCCCGCCUGCGGCUCUUCUGUGUGGAGUUUGCAUGUUCUCCCCGUGUCAGCGUGGGUUCUCACCGGGUACUCAGGCUUCCUCCCACAGUCCAAAAACAUGCACUUAGGUUUAAUUGGUGACUCUAAAUUGUCCGUAGGCAUAAAUGAGAGCGUGAUUGUCUGUAUCUAUAUGUCAGCUCUGCGAUAGUCUGGCGACCUGUCCGGGGUGUACCAAUGUCAGCUGGGAUAGGCUCCAGCCCCCCGCGACCCGAGUGCGGAUAAGGUUAAGGAUAAUGAAUGAAUGAAAUGAAAUGAAUCUUUGCUAUAUACAGCAACCUUUUUUUAAUCUGCAUUUAUUUAUAAAUAUUUAUUUAUUCAUUUAUCUGCAUCAAAACAGGAAGGACAUGGUUAAGUAGUAAAGCCAGCUUUCUGCUUGAUUUGAUUGGAUGCUUGUGCGAAGUGUGACACUGACGAGCAUUGCGACUGUUUUCUGUGCUGAGAAUAUUUCAAUUUUUGCAUCUAAAACAUGCUAAACAUGCAGCGCAAGACAGGAGCCAAGGCUUCUUGCAAAUCGUCUCGGUGUGAGCGAGGCCUUAGAGCUGACCUAAAAAUAUAACAAGCUUCCAACCAAAUGUGGGUAAAAUUUGGACUACUUGUUACGGACUAUUUACAUUCUUCGGGUGCAAUUUGGCAGCUCGUCAACCUGUAUUCCAUCAGAGUUUUGGAAUUAUGUAACACUUAAAGAAUUGACCAUAAGGAAUCCACUAAACACUGUGACACACUGAUACCCUUUUAUGACCAGAGCCGCUUCCCGGCCACUGCCCAAUUGCGACCAGUUCUUAGGUUUUCCACCGCCAAAGAGCUAGCUCCCGGCCGGGAAAACUGGUUCCACAGCGGCACCAGCUCUUUGCUGGGCUUGAACCGCGAACCGCUACGUCAGGGGCUGGGGGCAGCAUUAUCUGACCAACAAGACCAACUUGGCGCCAUUCAGAGAGACCAACUAAAACAUGUAUCAUUCAUUUAUUUGAUUUGUUUAACUGCAAUGUGAUUGAUAUGGGCAAGUUAGCGUGCGAACGUUAGCAGGAGAUUGCUAUCGUGCGAACGUUAGCGUGUGAACGUUAGUGGGCUAGCAUUUACAAAAAAGUCCAACAUUAACAUCCUACGUUCAGUGUUAUAAGAAUGUAUUCUAGUGAUUAAAAUGAGCAGCACAGAUGUGUUGUAGAGACGCGUAGUUUGUCAUUGUUUUUAUACUAGCCGAGAGGGCAGAGACAUGUAUAGAUGUUAACAGUGACGUAAUGACGUGGCUCUAGAGACAAAGCAAACAUGUUCAGAGCUGGUACGGAAAUUGAACCAACUGUGAACCAGAGGAGCACCGGCAGGGAACCGGCUCUGGUCGAAAAAAGGGUAUGAGAGAAACACCUUCUCUACUGUCUACUCUCUGUCCAUCAGUUAAGCAAGACUGCAUGCCUGAUACAGAAACUAAUAGUGUCGAUUCCUGAUGAAUGGAUCACUAGAAGCGUCCCACUGUGUCACCCAGCCCUCCCUCUUUCACUGCACUCUUGCCCCUUUUCUCCCUCAUUGACAAAACCAUUGUUGUCUUUACUCCGCAACUAAAAAAGCCAACCACUGUGCAGCACCUGGUACCUGUGCUUUCACACGGUCCUCUUAUUCUGACACAAAGGAAACAGAAGUCUGAUAUCAACUAACAAUGUCACUGAUUUGCCAAAUAUAAUGUUUACGUUUUUAUGAUACUGUGUAAAGUAAUUUAUAUGAUAUUGCUUUUGUAUGUAGAGGGGACCACACUCAGUGUUUUAUUUUUCAUAGAAAUAGAAUUUAGCGUAGAUAAGGAUCACCUUCUUUAAAGCUGUGUAA